GAGAGCGCCGGACACCUCAGUCGGACGGUGGCCCGGGAUCGGACAGCGUCUCAGGCGCGAGCCCGAGACGUCCUCCAGCCCGCCAUGGCCCGGCUGCUCCGGGCAUCGUGCCUUUUGUCCCUGCUCCUGGCCGGCUUCGUCCCGCCGAGCCGGGGGCAGGAGAAGUCGAAGACGGACUGCUAUCCUGACGUGAGUGGCACCAUCUUCGAGUACGGAGCCCUCACCCUCAACGGGGAGGAGUACAUCCCCUUCAAGCAGUAUGCUGGCAAAUACGUCCUCUUCGUCAACGUGGCCAGCUACUGAGGCCUGACGGGCCAGUACGUUGAACUGAAUGCACUACAGGAAGAGCUUGCACCAUUUGGUCUGGUCAUUCUGGGCUUCCCCAGCAACCAAUUCGGACAACAGGAGCCAGGAGAGAACUCGGAGAUCCUACCUUCCCUCAAGCAUGUCCGACCAGGUGGGGGCUUUGUCCCCAAUUUCCAACUCUUUGAAAAAGGAGAUGUGAACGGAGAGAAAGAGCAGAAGAUCUACACGUUCCUGAAGAAUUCCUGUCCUCCCACCUCGGAGCUCCUGGGCUCACCUAGACGCCUCUUCUGGGAACCCAUGAAGACCCAUGACAUCCGCUGGAACUUUGAGAAGUUCCUGGUGGGGCCAGAUGGUAAACCCAUCAUGCGCUGGUACCACCGGACCACGGUCAGCAACGUCAAGAUGGACAUCCUGGCUUACCUGAAGCAAAAGACAGCCCUAGAGCUCAGUGGGAAGUAAUUGAGGCCUGCCCCGCCCACAUCCACCACGCAGGGCUGGGGAGGGACUCUUGUUCGGGAAGGAAUCCAUUUCUCCAGCCACGCCACACUCCCACCAUAGACCCUGUCCUGUUAUACAAGGCCCCAGCCCGACACAAAAGUGUGCAUAUAAUUAUGUGUAUUGCUGUGCACGUGGGUGUCUGCCCACAUGCCUACAGGUGUGUGUGAAUGCACCCAAGUGUACAGCUGUGUGUGUCUACCUGAAUGCCCAGGAACGUGUACCAAUGUGUGCCCACAGCUGUGUGCUGUGGAGAGGGCGAGAAUACCCUUUUCUCUCCAGUUCUCUGCUCCAGUGAUAACAGUUCACUUUCAGCAGAGCCCAAAAGAAAAACCAGCUCUAGAUCCAAUUCUGCUCUAUCUGGACCUCAGCUUUGGGGCCAGCAUCUCCCACUGCCUCUAAAUACCACCACUGAAGUGCCCAGAAGUUUCUGGAUCUGCCACUGUCCAGCCUCUCUCCUUCCUGAAGGGUCCUCCCAAGCCCCCUGCCCCACCCCAUAGUGUUCCCUGAGCAGCCAAGGCAGACGUGAGCGCAAGGGCCACAUUCUUACGCCAGGAGUGGCGUCUCCAUGAAGGAGGGGCCCGAAGCCCUUGUGGCGGACCUCCCCUGAGCCUGUCUGAAGGGCCAGCCCUUAGUGCAUUCAGGCUGCAGCCCGCAGGCAGGGAUGCCAUCCCUGCUACUUCGGAGGAUGUGCCCUCACCCCUCACCCUGACCCACUGGCCUGAGACUCGUCCGUUUGCCCAGUAAAGGCCUUUCUGCAGCA